AUGGAAGAUUCUGGAGAACGUCUUCGUGAAGUAUCCAUAUCUUUGUCGGUCGAUGAUGAGCAAACUGGCCAACACCCACUGCUGCAACAUUCUGCUGACGAGGAGAGCCAACAUGGAAGCGAAGACUAUCCGCCAAAGGGUGAUUCUAAGAGCCCCGAAAUCCAAAAGGACAAGGAGAUUAUGAAGGCAGCACUGGCCAGAGGACACUUGAUGGCGCGUAAAGCGGCGAGAAAAGGUUAUGAGAAGUCUAAGCUCUUCGUGGCCAAUCAAUAUACCCUAUUUAAACAAGACGCCAAGAGAGGCCCCAAGAUCAUCAGAUGGAUGAGUAUUGUGGCGUGUAUUCUCUUGCUUCCUGGAAUCUUUGUCGAUUUGAUAACCAUGGCUCUCACACUGAGCCCUGCUGAAGUGCUGACGGACAUAUACGGCAUCCUUGGUUCUGUGCUGGUCCUCGCUGCAGAAUUCUCCCGGAAGAGCACUCGCUUUGGUGUCAGAGCAAUGCUCCACUAUUACGUGCGUUUCGUGGAAUUCAGUGCUGGUCGUGGGAUGGUGCAGCUGUACGUGGCCUCAACAUGCGUUUCCCUGCACAAUCUUUUGAACCUCCUGAAGUUCCUCCCGGGUGUCGCCCUCCUCCUUUGCGGCAUCGUCAAUAUUAUUUGGGGCACUUACGCUGCGUGCAAACUAAAUUCAAUGCUUGCCAGGCUCAGAGACGCCGAGGGAGGAGAUGUAGGCUCUAAGCCUAUGACGGAACAGUUGGAUUUGAUAGAGCGCAAGUUUGAGGCCAUGGAUAGGCGGGGAGACGGGUUACUCUCCAAAGACGACUUAAGAGAGGCAGUAGUUGAAAUGAAUCUCAUGAUGGAUGCGCUUGAACUUGAUGCGGUCUUUGAGUACAUGGACAAAGAUGGAAACGGAUUCAUCAGUAAAGACGAAUUCGAAAGCUGGUGGCUCGCCAAUAAAGGUGUCAAGGUUCUAUAG